UAUAGAUAAUUUUUUCCUUGAUAACCGGAGAGCCUCCUUGUUAACUUUGAUCCCGAUGCUCCACUGCAUUUUUUCCUCCGCGUUCAAGUGCCAAUCGAAACGCAAUGAAUGCUUUUUCCGUAAUUUGAGGGUGAGAUUUCAUUGGGGAUAUUUAAAUUCGGAUGCAGGAAAGUCGCAGCUCUCCCCCCCCGCCAAAUGAACUUCGAAGUCGAGGACGCGACAAUUUAAUAUACAUAUAAUUAUGCAUUACGUAAGGUCAUUAAGUUAGAAUUUCUCAAAAUAAAUGGACGCAACAACGAAUCGGUGAAUAAAGCACGCAAGCCAGAGGUAAACCUGUAAAGUUUCUGCGAAAACCCGAGAAAAUGGAACAACGUGAUACGCGAUAAUAAGAUAUGACACGUUACAUCGAACGAGCCCUCGACAUUAACGGACCUGGUCUAUUCUCUAAAAAUAGAAAACGAUCGACCCUCAGGUGGUCGUGCCUCAUUUUGAGGGUCGAACGAUUGCGUGGGUCUCGACCUUUCCUUGAAACCGAGAUGUCGGCACACAAGAUAACGUCAGAAAUUUACAUAGAAAAUGGAUGUGUCGCGGGAGAACCCGAAAACGACGUUAAGAUAUCGGAGUUUUUCUUUGAAUUUCCUCCUUAUACGUUGGGUCGCGAUGCAAGAGGUGCCGAGCUUCGGUACGACGACGACGGGGAUCUGAUCUUGACGAGAAAACAGAAGAAGAAGGAAGGAAAACUAGCCAUUGAACACAGGAUAUCGACGGAGCUGUCUCUGGUCGGUCUGCAAGUGUGGCGAGGCGCGUUCCUGCUGGCCGACUACAUACUCAGCAAUCCGCAAUCGUUCAAACAAAAAAGAGUCUUAGAGCUAGGAUCAGGCGUGGGUCUGACAAGCAUCGUGGCGAGUUUCCUCGCCUCGGAAGUUAUUUGCACAGACACCGAUGUCGAGGAAAUCUUGAAACUGAUACGAAGGAACUUUGCGAGGAACCAGUCUUACGUCUCGUCGAAGGUGUCCGUCGAGGGAUUGAAUUUUUUGUGUCCGAAUUGGCCACGAGAACUGCAGCGGAAGAUCGAUCCCGUUGACAUCGUGUUGGCGGCCGAUGUGAUAUACGAUGACGACAUAACGGAGGGCUUCGUCGGGACCUUGGAGAGAUUAUUCAACUCUGGCUUCCCCAAGGUAGCAUACGUUGCCCUGGAGAAACGUUACGUCUUCACCGUUGCCGAUCUAGACUCGGUAGCUCCGAUGUACGAAGAGUUCCUGAGAUGCGUUCGAAGGCGCAACCACAAUUGGAACAUAGAGCACGUCGCGACGGAUUUCCCCCAAUACUUCCGAUACGACAGAGUCGAUCGGCUGAUACUGAUGAAGAUCCAGAAAGGAACUCCCACCAGGAAAUGACGCAAAGGACUCUGGUCCAAGAGAAUCAACUUUGCUAAGGAUUAAAACUGGAACUAAAUUUAAAAACCGCGUUAACGGUCCUUAAAGCUAGUUGCCGAAAAAAUGGUCGAAUUGAAAUGAAUUGCUACUUAUUAUCUAAUUAAAUGUAACCAUAACGUA